CAGAAAUCCAUACAAAGCGGCGGCGCUCGUCCUCCGCCGCCUCAGACCUCUCCUCCUCCACCGCCGUUGCCCGCUUCUCCUCAAGCAUCGACCCACCCCGGCCGCCAGUGACAAUGGCACGACUCAAAGCUGACCCAUUGCUUCGCGAGGAUGAGGAUGCCAUACUGGAUGAUGUCGAUACCGACGACGAGGAAGAGUCAGAGCCCGAAGACGACGAUUCGGGGGAGGAAUUCCAUGCAGAGCCUUCCAAGAAAUCUAUCUACAACAAGGAGGGGAUCAUCGAGAAGCUCGAGGACAUAGCCUGGCCGGAGAAUGUGGACUGGAGGCACAAGCUUACUGUUGACCAUGAUCAGGGGGACAAGGUUGAUGUCAACGAUGAUCUUGCUCGUGAGCUUGCCUUCUACACACAGGCUUUGGAUGGCACCAGGCAGGCCUUUCAGAAGUUGGAGUCUAUGAAGGUCCGCUUCCUCAGGCCGGCUGAUUACUAUGCUGAGAUGGUCAAGACUGAUGCUCACAUGCACAAGAUCAAGGGGAGGCUCUUGUCAGAGAAGAAGAAGAUCGAGGAGGCCGAGGAGAGGAAGAAGGCCAGAGAGGCCAAGAAGAGGGCCAAGGAGGUGCAGGCAGAGAAGGAAAAGGAGAGAGCCAAGCAGAAGAAGGAGCAGAUCGAGUCUGUCAAGAAGUGGAGGAAGCAGAGGCAACAAGGGGGCUUUGCCAAGGGAAAUGAUGAUGGGCCUGAUCUGAAUUUUGAAGGCGAGGAAGGGUUCAAGCAAUCCAAGAAAAAGAGGCCUGGUGUUUCUCCUGGUGACAGGUCUGGUGGCCUUGCUAAGAAAGGUAAGCAAGGAAAGAACAGGAAGUCAAGAGAUUCCAAAUUUGGGCAUGGUGGUCGGAAAGGGCUGAAGAAGCAAAAUACUGCAGAGACGACGAAUGACUUUAGAGGAUUCAACCAGAUGGACAAGUCACAAAACAAGAGGAGAAAAAUGCGUUGAUGGGGUGUUGUAAGAAUCUGUGCCUGCUUCCUUGAGCCAUAUUACUAGUUGAUUCGAUUACUUUAUAGUACUAUGGUAAAUUGUUGCUAGAUGAAAAGGUUAUCUGAGACACAAUGUAGGAGGCAGUUGAAACAAAAAGACCAAUUUUAUGUUUUAACUAAGCUGUUCUCCAUAAGAUAUUUGCAUGUAUCUGGUGGAUGGCCCUUUUUGUUCAAUGCAGAAGAAUCUUACUUGCUCAUCAUUUACCUAAGAAUGCCCCAGGGCUGCUUGGUGCAUUUCCUGUUUUAA